CUUUUCAUCUUCACUGUCCCUCAAUAGGACAUCACAUUUACUCACAUAUAAUCAUGUCUGCUGCGACUCAGAAGGCGCCAAGCGCUGAUGCCAAGGUCGGCGGAUCGACAGGCCGAAGAAAGUCAUCCGUCCUGCGAGCCAGGAGGGGAUCUGGAACUGAGAAGCUGGACAGCCAUACCGUCUCGUGGCACACGUCUACCAACAAGCAUGAGCGUGGUCCAGGAGCAGGCAAGGAGCAGCUCGAGAAGGAGUACCAGCGCUUCAAGGAGCUCUUCACUUUGACUCCAGACAGGCUUAAGCACAUCACAGAGAGAUUCGUCGGUGUACUCAAGCAGGGGCUUGAGAAGGACGGCCAAACAGUGCCCAUGCUACCAGCCUUCGUCUUCGGCUGGCCGACGGGUGACGAAGAGGGCUCUUUCCUCGCUCUCGACCUGGGUGGUACAAACUUGCGAGUCUGCCACGUCACUCUUCAGGGCAAGGGCAAGUUUGAGAUCACUCAGACCAAGUUCAGGCUUACGGAAGAGCAGAAGCAGUGUGAAGGGCAGGAGCUCUUCGACUUCUGCGCUCAGUGUCUCAACACCUUCAUCACCGAUCACUUCGGAUCUGGCAAGGAAGACGAGGAGAUUAUCCUCGAAGAGGACAUUGCUCUCGGCUUCACAUUCAGCUACCCAAUGGAGCAGAAGGCUAUUGACCACGGUAAACUCGUACGAUGGACCAAGGGCUUCGGCAACCCCAACACCGAGGGCAAAGAUUGUGCAGAGAUGUUCCGCAAAUCGCUAGAGUCCCACAAGGUGCCCAUCAAGCUGACUUCUAUCAUUAACGAUACUACCGGAACCCUCAUUGCCUCCAACUACGUCAAGCAGCACACCAAGAUUGCCUGCAUCUUUGGUACCGGAUGCAAUGCUGCGUACAUGGAGCACAUCAAGAAUGUCCCAAAGCUCAAGGAGUACGAAUUGCCCGGUGACGAAGACAUGGCUAUCAACUGCGAAUACGGUGCAUUUGACUCCUUUGAGCACAAGCACAUGGCGGAGAUCAGGACAAAGUAUGACGAGUACAUCGAUCUGCACUCCAACAAGCCUCACGAGCAGAGCUAUGAAAAGAUGAUUGCGGGUCUCUACCUUGGAGAGCUAUUCCGACUGGUCAUCUGCGAUCUCAUCGACGAGGGCGUGCUGUUUUUGGGCCAGAACACUUACAAGCUAGAGAAGGAGAACGUCUUCGACACUGCCUUCUUGAGCUUGAUCGAGGCCGACCCUACAGACGAGGUCUUGACCUGCGCCGGCUUAUUCCUGCACUUCUUCGGUGUAGAGACCACAAUGGAAGAACGCCAAUUCUUCAAGAAGCUCGCAGAGCUGAUCGGUACUCGAGCUGCGCGACUGUCAGCGUGCGGUAUCGCCGCCAUCGUGACCAAGAUGGGUUACCUCGAAGAAGGAUGUGGCGUUGGAGCCGAUGGUUCCCUGUACUCCAAGUACCCCAAGUUCCCUGACCGUCUACACCAAGCUCUUGAGGACAUCUUUGGUGAGAAGGGCAAGGGCAUCGUGACCCACCAGGCCGAGGAUGGAAGCGGUGUGGGAAGCAGCAUUGUGGCCAGUAUGACACUGAAGCGAAAGCAGGAGGGCAAGUUCUCCCACUGUUGAUGGAUCCUACUGUUAGUGUAAUAGAUGCAACCUACUUAACAAUUGAAGUCCUUCUUGUGCG